GAGAGAGAGCGGGAGAGGUGAGGCCGCGCAUGCGCAGCAGCUACCCAGCCUGACAGCGGAUCCAGUGCAGCAUUCCCGUUUCCAAACGCACAGGAGCGCCGCUUUUUCCAUCGCGCUGCCCCAUCCAGACGUUCACACCGGUGGGAACACGCUGUUAAAAAACAAGCCCUCAAACAUGUCUGUGAGUAAUGACUUUGGAAACCCUUUAAGGAAAUUCAAACUCGUCUUUCUUGGAGAGCAAAGCGUGGGGAAGACUUCCCUGAUCACACGCUUCAUGUACGACAGCUUUGACAACACGUAUCAGGCAACAAUUGGAAUCGACUUCCUGUCAAAAACCAUGUAUUUGGAGGACAGAACGUUGGGGGUGUCUGACUUGCAGGUUCGGUUGCAGUUAUGGGACACGGCAGGCCAGGAACGUUUCAGGAGCCUCAUUCCGAGCUAUAUAAGAGACUCCACCGUUGCUGUGGUGGUGUAUGACAUCACAAAUGUGAAUUCUUUCCAGCAAACUUCCAAAUGGAUCGAUGAUGUGAGAACGGAGAGAGGAAGUGAUGUCAUCAUCAUGCUGGUGGGCAAUAAAACAGAUCUGGCAGAUAAGAGGCAAAUCACGAUUGAGGAAGGCGAGCAGCGGGCCAAGGAGCUGAGUGUGAUGUUUAUCGAGACCAGUGCCAAGACAGGCUACAAUGUCAAACAGCUGUUUCGGCGUGUGGCAGCUGCUCUUCCAGGAAUGGAGAGCAUGCAGGAGACAAGCAAAGAAGGCAUGAUUGACAUUAAAUUGGACAAACCACAGGAGCCUCCAACUACCGAGGGCGGAUGUUCCUGUUAAUAGCUCACAUCUGAUUUACAGCAUCAUCUACACCACAUGCUUGUUGUGUUGCUUCCUCUUGGUUAGCCUCCAGUUGUGUUUUCAGAUUGGAUAUUUGGCCUUCCCAUCUGACUUUAGUAACUGGUUGGAAUCAGUGUUACAUCAAUUUCAAUUGUAAAAUAGUAUACUUUAGUUACAAAAUUGCCAAAAAUCCUAAAAAUUCGAAAAGUAAAGGGCCAAAAUCAACUAAAAUGUAGACUAUGUCCAACAUAUAUACUUUUUGAAAAUGUAGAGAGGUAGAUUUUUUCUUGUGUUUUGUAUUUUUGUAUACAAGGAUGAGCACUGAAACAGAUGCAUCAAGAAAAAUUCUAUAAUUUUGCCAUAAAAAAAGCAGGAUUUCAAAGGAAAGAGGGCAAUCCAAACAACUAAUAAUCCACAGAAUAUGGAAGACAUGCAUGUUAGCCCUUUUAAAAAGUAUCAUCUCAAUCUUGCUGUCUACUGUGCACAAGAUUAUGUGAAUCUCGAUGCAUUUCAUGAAAUCAACUUAUUUUAGCCUUUUUUUUCUUGCUGUGACAAUAUACUUGAAAUUUUAAGUUUGUGUAAAUGUGUCAUUUCAGAUACCUUAAAACCUUUCCAAAUUA